GACAAAUUCAAAAAUUACAAUACACCAGCAGCAACAGCAACAACAUCAACAGUGGCAGCAGUAGAGUCUUCAAAACAACCUCAGAAAACAAACUCAAAAAAUAAGAAAAAUCAUACCAAUAGCAACAAUAAUAAUAACAAUAGUUUAAAAUUGGCAGCAGCUACUACAGUAGCUGCCACAAUUUCCACCAUUGCAACUAAUAAUAAUCAACAACCUCAAAAUCCUGCUGCUGUUACUGGUAGCAGCAAUAAAAAGUCCUCGAAACAGGGCAAUGCCACAGCAGGACGUCAGAAUAAUUCCUCCGCCUCUGCCACCGCCUUCUCUGCUACAUCAUUAUCUUCAUCAUCUGCCUCCACCUCCAACACCUCAGAUACAACAACAAUAACAACAUCGUUAUCAGCUAUCGAAGAUUUGGAUAACGGUGCAAGCUGUAUUGCAAGUGCUGCUCCUGCCACCAACUUGGCUAAUUCGGCUAGGUUGAAAAAUACUAAUACGAGCAACAACAACAACAAUACCAACACCAACCAAAAUAACGCAAAAAUUAAAUUAAAAGUUAACAACAAUAACAGUAACAUCAACAAUUCCUCCAACAAUACUACUACCAACACCCCCCUAAAUCAGGCCUCCACUUCUGCUUCAACCUCCGCAGUUUACACUGCCAAUGGCAAUAAAAUGCCAAAAAAUUCAGCAGCAGAAACAGCAACAACCACCGCUUCAACAACAUUAGCCACAACAGUAUCAAUAGCAUCUAACAUGCCAUCGUCAGUUGGUGGUAGUGGUGUAGAUAUUGAUAUGGCAGCCUUAAACACAGUUCCCCCACCAUCGACGGCUGUUACGUCAACGGCCACUGGUACUGUGCCCACAAUUACCUCAAGUAAAUCGGCAACAAAUGCAAGUGCUGGUGUUGGUGGUAUAUCUUCUGCGAAAUCGAAGAAAUCAUCCUCAACAGCUGCCGCCGCUGCUGCUGCAGCGCUUGCUCUUCAACAGCAGGCUGCAGCCGUAUCUUCGGGAAAAUCAGCGUUAUCAUCUGCUUCUGCUAAAUCUGGGUCAUCUUCUAAAGAUGCCCAUUUAAAGUUCACCUCCGCAUUACCGCUGUUGGUGGGUUCGGCGGCUGCUGCUGCUGCAGCGGCCAAAGGUGCCGGUGCCUCUUCCAGUGCUGGUGCACAAGCAGCCGCCGCUGCAGCUGCCGCCCUCAAACAAAAGCUAAAAAGUGCUGCUGCCGCAUCAUCGGUAGUAGCUGCAGCCGCUGCCAGUAAUUCCCGCUCAAACUCAACGUCGACAUCCUCAAAUUCAUCCUCACUUUCGUCAUCCGUUGGAAUUGUAAAUGCAAUUUCAAAUGCCCUGCAAAACAUCAUUACCAGCGAUAAUUCCGAUACGGAUACGGAACUUUAUCCGCCGCCGGUAACGGAUCUAUCAGAAUCCGAUGAGGAAUCUGUUUCAGAG